AUGAAUCACUUUCGUUCCAAGAAUUACAAUGUACCAAUGUCACAGAUAUUCAGCAACCCUGAAAGAGUAGUUCUGUACCUGCCGCUGGCACACGUUUCUGUGAGAAGUAAGCUGAAUGGCAUUUGCAGGAGUUCUUCUUGCGUCAGGAUGGCGCAGGUCCCCAAGGCGCCCCAGGAGGUGAUCGAGCCCCCUGUCAGUGCGCUGUACCCGUCCCUCGUCGAGUCGCCGGAGUUCAAAGAGGUGAUUGACCAUCGGUCCAAAACUGUUGAACAAAUAUUGGAAAUUCUAAAGAAAGGAACACAACUCUGGAAGGAAGCAAACACAGUAAAACACACAAGAAAUGGAGAGCAAGUGUUGGAUGCUGAUGAAUUUGUAUCCUUCUAUAUGAAACUUAUGACAAGAAAUGACAUAAAAGAUAUUUACACCAGGUACACCAAAAAUAAAGAAAUGACAGUUGCUGAUCUUUUGGACUUCAUACAUAAGGAGCAAAAAGGACAUACUACUACAAAAGAAGAAUGUCUUACAUUAAUAGAAGCUUUUGAGCAAUCUAAUUUGAAAAUGGAAGGAAAACUCUCAUUAAUAGGAUUUACAAAUAUGCUAAUGUCUGAACAAUUUGAUGCAUUCAAGCAACAUCAUAAAGUAGUAUAUCAAGAUAUGCAUCAACCUUUGUCACAUUAUUACAUUGCUACAUCUCAUAACACUGGAUUGUUGGGAUGGACCUGAUGGAGAACCCAUUAUUUAUCAUGGUUACACUUUAACUACAAAAAUUCUUUUUAGAGAUGUACUUGUUGAUGCUAUUAAGCCUUACUCAUUUCAUUCAUCGGAAUAUCCUGUUAUUUUGUCUUUGGAAAACCAUCUUUCUCCAAAACAGCAGGAAGUUCUAACAAAACAUCUUGUUGAAGUCCUAGGUGUUUCGUUUUUGGUUGUAGAUAUGUUGUAUACUGUACCAGUAAAUGAUGCCUGGGAGUAUCUUCCAUCACCAGAAGAUUUAAAGCGUAAAAUAAUAAUAAAAGCUAAGAAAAAAGCGGCAUCACGUAAUGGAGAUGAUGAUGAUUCCAGUACUGAAGAUGAAGCAGAACCUCCCCCUGGUGCAGACAACAGCAGCAAAGAUUUGAAGGGUAAAAGAGAAGUAACUCAUGCUCUCUCCAAUCUUGUCAAUAUUUGUGAAGCCGUGCACUUCCACAGUUUUGAAGACACCGAAGCAAAUAAAAAAUGCUAUCAGAUGGCUUCAUUUUCUGAAGCUAAGGCUAACAAAUUCAUAGAAACAAAGGGACCUGAAUUUGUGAAGUAUAACACUAAGCACUUGAGCAGAAUAUAUCCAGCAGGAACACGUACAGAUUCAUCAAAUUUCAAACCAAUUCCUUAUUGGAAUGUUGGGUGUCAGCUUGUUGCAUUAAAUUAUCAACAUGCUGCAAAACCAACGCUGUACAAUGAUGCCAAAUUUGAUGACAAUGGAGGGUGUGGAUAUGUUCUCAAACCAGAAGUUCUUCGAAAAAAUUCUCCCUAUGAUCCAGAUUCUACUGAAAAUGACAAGAAUCAAGUAACAAUGAAGCUAACUGUAAUUAGUGGUCAACAUAUUCCAAAGGCAGAUAAUGAUGCUGAAGGAGAAAUUGUAGAUCCAUAUGUUAAAGUAAAAAUCGCUGGUCAUCCAAAGGACAAUCAAAAAUUUAAAACUGAAGCUGUAAGAAAUAACGGAUUCAAUCCGAGAUGGGACCAUGAUAUGAUAUUCACCGUAAAAAUGCCUGAGUUAGCAAUUAUUCAUUUUAUUGUCAAAGACUUGAGCACUACCGGAAAAGAUGUCACAUUAGGAACGUAUGCUAUCCCAUUCAACAGUCUUCAAGAAGGUUACAGUCAUGUGUACUUGAAAGAUUAUGAACGAAAUUUUGUCUCGCCUGCUUCAAUAUUCAUUCAUGCUGUUAUCAUUUGAAGAUUACCUACAAGAGUGUGGACUUAAUGAAAAUAUUUUAUAAACUUAGUGCUGCUGUAUUUUAUAAAUUUGAAUAAGUGAAAACUGUGAGAACAUGUAUUUUCAGUGAAGUGUGUAUGAAAUAUCGUUUUUGUAUUUCUCUUUUUAUAGUAUCAUAGGAUAUUGUCUUAUAUGAUAAAUGUGUAGUUUUCAAAAAAAAAUAUAUAUUAUAUGUUAUCCUUCCAUUAAAUCUGUAUAUAGCUUCACUAAUUGUCAGCGCUUUAACUCAGUUUCUAAGGAAAAGGAAAGGUGUAUAAUCUUUUUUAAUGUAAUCGAGCAGUAAAAAAUUUAUUGCAAUAUGAGGUUUAUUACAAAAAAUUAGCACACUAUUUUUUAAAUUUAGGACUUCUCUUCAAGAAGUAUGUGAUUUUGGUUCAAGAUACAUUAAUAUUGGUUGAGCUACAAAGCAGAAAAAUACAUGUAGUUUUCUUGCAGGCCAACCAAAAUCUAUCAGCUAUGUUUUAUUGACUAUAUUUGAAAUAUGGAAAUAUUAUUGAACAAUAUAUUUCAUUACUAAAUAUGUUUUUAAAGAAAAUAAUCUUUUAUUGGUUCACUGGUAUUAACUCAAGAAAGAUGCCCUAAUAAUUUUUAACAUCCUCUCCAAUCAUUAGUUACACCUCUUGUAUAUUAUGUUAUUUACUUUUGCUAUUUGCUUCUCUUCUUCCAUCAAUGAGAAGAUUAAAAGAAUAACUUAAUCUUCGUGGUACCCUUUUUAGUUUUUGAGAAAAUUCUGAUAAUAUUUUUAUUUCUUGCAGUUGUUGAAGGUGUUAGUAUGCUACAAUACUACAUUUAUUUAUUUAUUUAUUUAUUAAUUUAAAAUUCAUAUUCUUGUCUCUAGCUUUAAAGUAGGG